UCAAGCGAUGACGGCGUCAUGCUAGGGUUGUGUUUGGGUUUCUUUAGCAGUAAUUAACAUUUAGUGGGCUGUUACCAGCAGCUAGUUCGCUUAAUGAUGUUGAAUUCAACUUGUGGAAAUUUAAAUCGUCUGCUACUGAGAUCGACUACAAGCCUGUCCUUAGCCUGUAUUAAGGUGAAUAAGGUGGCAUUGUAGGCUGGACGCUUUUCUUCUCUGUAUACUAGUGCCAUGCUUAUAGGCGCUCUGCUCUCUAGCUCAGAACUGCCCGAAGCAGCUAGGUAGCAGAUGCUGUUUAGGAUACUGCUGUCUGCACGUAAGACGACUGAAGUAAGGACAACCCUGGUGUCACAGUAUGGUAGAUUUACCGUCACUGCCGCUCUGCCAGCGGCUUAGCUAUGCCACUGGGCAUUUCCUAAACGAUCUGUGUGCCUCAAUGUGGUUCACAUAUUUCCUGGUCUACUUCCAUUCCGUGUUAGGAUUCGACUCUUUCUAUGCGGGAAUACUACUUCUGAUUGGCCAAAUAGCGGAUGGUAUAUGCACUCCUUUAGUGGGUUAUGAAUCGGACCGGCACCCUGGUUUGCUGUCAUACGGACGCAGGAAGUCGUGGCAUCUUGUAGGAACGAUAAGUGUGGUUCUGUCAUUCCCUUUUAUAUUCAAUCAAUGUCUGGGCUGCACACAGAACACCCCACAGUGGGUAGGCUUGAUAUACUUUAUCCCGUUUAUUGUCAUCUUCCAGUUUGGAUGGGCGGCCACUCAGAUCUCCCAUCUAUCUCUCAUACCAGAACUGUCACAGAAUGAUCAUGACAAAGUGGAGCUCACUGCAUUCAGAUAUGCCUUCACUGUGAUGGCUAAUAUUACUGUGUACGCUGUGGCAUGGCUGCUUCUUCACUUUCACAUGGGAGAGGACAAGACUGAAAAUAUGGAAAACUUAAGCAGACAGGACAUUCCUAUUUUCAGGGCCUUGGCCCUAAUCAUGGUUGGGGUGGGAAGUUUAUUCUCACUGUUGUUCCAUAUUGGAACAAAAGAAAAGCCACAAACUUUUCAUCGUCUUCUGGAGACUGACGACCCAGAUAGUCCUCAUUCUGAAGAGCCAAGGCUUUCUGAACCACCAGUGCCUUUAAUGGUUUGGAAGCGCUGGCUAAUGGAACCAUCUUUUUAUCAGGUGGCUGUUCUAUAUAUGUGUACAAGACUUAUAGUAAAUCUCUCUCAGACAUUUAUUGCUGUAUAUUUGACCAAUUCUCUGCACCUUCCCAAGAACUAUAUAGCAACAAUUCCUUUAGUUAUGUAUGUGAGUGGCUUUGUUUCAUCCUUUCUAAUGAAACCCAUCAACAAAUGGAUUGGGAGAAAUCUUACAUACUUUCUAGGUCUUAUUGCCAUUGCCGCAUUUGCUGCAUGGGUAGCCCUGGAUCCUGGUUUGGGAGUUGCAGUAUAUGGAGCUGCUGUUAUCCUGGGCACUGGCUCUGCAACUAUUCUGGUUACUUCUCUUUCCAUGACUGCUGAUCUUAUUGGGACACACUCACGAAGUGCAGCAUUUGUUUAUGGAGCAAUGAGCUUUACAGAUAAGGUAGCCAAUGGCCUGGCAGUCGUGGCUAUCCAGUCUCUGCAUCCUUGUCGUACUCAGGUUUGCUGCCCGGCUUGUAUCCCUUUCUACCAUUGGGUGAUGGUGACAGUCACAGGAGUAGUGGCUAUUGUAGCUGCCUUUUCACUAAGUUCCAUUAUGAUCUGGCCAAUUAAAGUGCGAAAUUGGAAUGUGGGGGAAAAAUAAAUCUGGGGAGUGAGAUUUGUUUUCCUUCAUUCCAGUUAUUCCUGAGAUCAUCUGCUUCUGGCCCUGGAAUUCAUUGUGGUUUAUUCUGGUAUUGACCAGCUGAGAAACACAGGAAUGGAUAGUUAUGCAACAUGAACUCUUCCCUUUGCUUACUACACCCUUAAUUCUGUCUUAAGGAUAAGUACAGACACAAGCAACAUAGGAUAUAGAGGUGGCGGAACCUCAGACUUAUAGACAGUGGUCCUUUGGAAGGUGGGCACUGAUAUAUGACAGCAUGCUGGCACAGUGGUACCCACAUUGGGUGCAUGUCUUACUUGCUACAGUUGCAUUGCUUAUAUGGACUUAUAAGGACUUAUAUGUCCUGUUUUUUUUUCCCAAAUUCCAAAACAAUAUAGGCUUGUUAAUUGUCCCUAUCAUAUAUUAAAAUAUGUAUGUCUGCAUGAUAGGUACCUUAGAUUGUAUGCUACACUAGGGCAAGUACUGUGAAAUGUCUAUAAUGCCCUCUGUAAUAUGUUGGUGCUGUGUAAACAAAUUAUAGUAAAAACUGAA